AGGUGGGACUCAGUGUUCAGCGCCGGCGGGUAAUAAACGUGCAAGUUCGGAAAACGAAAAAGACCACGUGCAGGGGGCGAGCCUGGCCCACACACCGCAGACCACCAGCCCGAGGCAGCAGCCUGAAAGUCCAGUGCGUUCGUUAUUUUGGCGGGGAGGAAGCCAGCGGCACGUUUCUCCAGCUCAAGGAUGGAGCAAGAGCCUGAGAUCAAGAAGGAAGGGCGGCUGACGCUCGUGCUUGCCCUGGCCACGCUGAUCGCUGCCUUCGGGUCGUCCUUCCAGUACGGGUACAAUGUGGCCGCCAUCAACUCCCCUGCGGAGCUCAUGAAAGAAUUUUAUAACGAGACCUACUAUGACAGAAGCAGUGAGUACCUGAGCGACUUUUCCUUGACCCUCCUGUGGUCCAUCUCUGUGUCCAUGUUCCCGUUUGGAGGCCUGAUCGGGUCCCUCAUGGUCGGCCCCUUGGUGAACAAACUCGGCAGGAAAGGGACCCUGCUGCUGAACAACAUCUUCUCCAUUGUGCCCGCCAUCCUGAUGGGGUGCAGCGAAGUGGCCAAGUCUUUUGAGAUGAUCAUCGUGUCCAGACUCCUGGUGGGCAUAUGUGCAGGUCUGUCUUCCAACGUCGUCCCCAUGUACUUAGGGGAGCUGGCCCCCAAGAACCUGAGAGGGGCCCUGGGCGUGGUGCCCCAGCUCUUCAUCACCGUCGGCAUCCUCGUGGCCCAGAUCUUCGGCCUUCGGUCUGUCCUCGCCAACGACAACGGCUGGCCCAUCCUCCUCGCUGUGACCGGGAUCCCAGCCGUCAUGCAGCUCCUGCUGCUGCCCUUCUUCCCCGAGAGCCCCAGGUACCUGCUGGUUAAGAAGAAAAACGAGCCAGCUGCCCGGAAAGCGCUGCAGAGGCUGCGCGGCUGGGACGAGGUGGACGCGGAGAUGGAGGAGAUCCGACGGGAGGACGAGGCCGAGAGGGCCGCGGGCUUCAUCUCCGUGAUAAAGCUGUUCAGGCUGAGGUCCCUGCGGUGGCAGGUCAUCUCCAUCAUCAUCCUCAUGGCCGGCCAGCAGCUGUCGGGAGUGAACGCGAUCUACUACUACGCAGACCAGAUCUACCGGAGCUCGGGGGUGAAGGAGGGUGACGUCCAGUAUGUGACGGCGGGCACAGGGGCCGUCAACGUGGUGAUAACCAUGUGCGCUGUGGUCGUGGUGGAGCUUCUGGGAAGGAGGUCCCUGCUCCUCCUGGGCUUCUCCACCUGCUUCACCGCCUGCUGCGUGCUGACGGCCGCUCUGGCUCUGCAGGACACAAUAUCCUGGAUGCCUUACCUCAGCAUCGCCUGCGUCAUCAUCUACGUCAUAGGACACGCCCUCGGGCCCAGUCCCAUCCCCGCGCUGCUUAUCACUGAGAUCUUCCUGCAGUCGUCCCGGCCGCCGGCCUUCAUGGUGGGGGGCAGCGUGCACUGGCUGUCCAACUUCGCCGUGGGCUUGCUCUUCCCCUUCAUUCAGGAGGGCCUCGGCGCCUACAGCUUCAUCCUCUUCGCUGGGAUCUGCCUCCUCACCACCAUCUACACGUUCCUGAUCAUCCCUGAGACCAAGGGCAAGACGUUCAUGGAGAUCAACCAGAUUUUCGCCAAGAAGAAUAAGGUGUCAGAGGUGCACCCCGAGAAGGAGGAACUGAAGGACCUGCCACCCUCCACUUUGGAGGAGUAACGCAAGAGGCGGAGCCUGCUCAGUGGGUCUGUGUGGAGCCCCCUUCUCGGGCUCCUGUCCGGCUGACGGCUGUCUGUCUGUCUGUAAACACCCAGAACUAGGACGCGUCCAGUGCGGCGGAGCACAGGCCCCGCUGGGACUGCCCGAAGGGCUUCUGUGCGGUUCUCAAAAAGCCAGACUGUCUCUCCCCGGCCUGACCCGCCAGCAACCCUGAGUCAGUGAGCUGCUGGCCCUCCCCCGUGGCCGGGCUGGCCGUCGUGCGGCUCCCGUGACACCAGCUCUUGUGUGACAGAAACCACUUCUGCGGUGGUCAGAUAGAAGGGAUCAAAUCUGGCCAGAGAAACAAACCCUCCUCCAGUCCCGUGGGCCUUCCGGGGGUGGGGGGGGGGGGGGGGGUGCCGCGGGCGUGUGUUCAGAGCAGAGCUCAUCCCCCGGUGAGGUCCGGCUCCGGCAUCACCACCCUCGGCAAGUGCAACGCCGCGAGUGAGGACGUCUAGGAAGUGAGGGAACGGGUCCCUACUUAGACUGUAACCACGUCAGAGAUGAUUGACCCUGAAUUAGAUUGUCAGAGGACAAUGCAGUUGCCCCCAUGUACUCAAUAAAACACACGUGAUCACUCUCA